AUUGGGCUUAUUUUUUAAGUCACUACUGGUUCAUGAGUGCCUCACUUCAGUUCACAAAAUAUAUUUAUUUCUCAAUCCAUAACAUCAUUAUAUCGCUAGAAAAAUGGUCGAAACUGAGAGUGGUAAGUUUGACAUCAAUGGAUACCCAAUUUGGUACGAGAAGUUUGGUACCGGUGCUAAUAUUCUGCUCAUGAUUCCCGGCGCUAUAGGAACGGGUCGAACCGACUAUUACGAGCAACUGUUAGGCGAGAAUGCAUUAGAUUUGACUCAGUUUACAGCCUAUGCCAUCGAGUUGGCCGGUUGGGGUCGAUCGCGACCACCCAUCAGAAAGAUCAACAAAAAUGCCUACAAUUUUGACGCCGAAACGUGUAUCAAACUGAUGGAGAAUUUGGGUCACAAGAAGUUCUUUGUGUUGGGCUGGUCUGAAGGGGCCAGAGUGGCACUGGUAUUGGCCGCCAUCUACCCCAACCACGUGACU